GGGGUGGAGAGAGGGAUGGGAAGGAGGAGGAGUGGAGAGUCGUGUAUGAGAGAGAGAACAGAGAGAAGCAGCCUGAUGUCGACUCAAUGGAAAUACCAGACCUCCUCCCCUUCACACUGUACAGGUUCCGAUUGCGCCAGGAGAACAUUGUGGGCUCCAGUCCCUCUAGCACCCCCUCCAGGAUGAUUCAGACACUGCAGUCGGCCCCCGACACACCCCCUAAAAACCUCACCCUGGUUACAGCUACACAGACCAGCCUCACACUACGCUGGGCGCCGUUACCGGUUUCUGAGUAUAAUGGUAGUCCAGAGACGGUGGGUUACCGGGUGUGUGUCCGGCGGGCAGACGGCCGGGGAGAGGAGAGGAUGGAGGAGGUGGCGGAGGUCAGAGGACAGGGGUCAGGGGUUAGUGGUCAGCAAAGCGAGACGAUGCUGGAGGGCCUGGCUCAAUGGACGGACUACCAGUUGAAGAUACAAGCAUUUAACUCCAUAGGAGACGGACCAUGGAGUAACACACUGACCACACACACCAAGGAGUCAGUGCCGUCUGGCUGUCCAGUGAAUGUGAGUGUGGAGGCGGUGAGUUCUACCAGGAUUUUGGUCACAUGGUCUCCUGUUCCCGAGAUGCAGAGAAACGGACCCAUCCUCGGUUACAAG